AUGACUGAAAUAAUAGACAGCAAUGCUGUGUUUGAACGUUAUUAUAUAUUCUGGAAGAUACUCGGUUUCUCAACUAAAUAUAACAAGUAUCUAAUGUUUAUCUAUCAAAUAAUUGUAACAGGUUCUAUAACAUUUGGCUUUCCCUUACAUCUUAAUAUUGGACUGGUGCUGACUAAAUCACAGGAAGAACUUUUUAAUAACUUAGUUAUAAAUGUAGCCUCGACGGCUUGCAGUAUUAAGUUCUUUUUCCUUCUUAGAGAUUUGAAAAAUAUGCACAAGGUGAAUCAUUUGCUAUCCAAACUGGAUGUUCGUGUUGUGGCGGAGGAUGAACGUGCCUAUUUUCAUCAGAAAGUCAAUGGACAUGCAAAUAAAAUGGUGACCAUGUUUAGUACAGCUUAUUUUUCUGUUGGUUUUCUAUCGAUUGCAUCGCUUUUUCUGGAUAAAAAUCGGCGUUUAGUGUACCCAGCCUGGUUUCCAUUCGAUUGGAAAUCCACAACACAGACAUAUGUUGGUGCAGUAUUGUUCCAAUUUUUUGGCUUAUAUGUUCAAAUCGUGCAAAAUUUUGUUAAUGACGUUUAUGGACCUAUAGCGUUUUGUAUGUUUGCGGGUCAUGUACAUUUACUAGGUAUGCGAGUUUCCAAAAUUGGACACAAUGAAAAUACGAACGCGUUAGUUCAUCUCAGCGAUUUGCAUGAUUGUGUUGAGGAUUAUAAUUAUCUUAUGAGUAUAUAUACUACGUUGCAGAAAGUGGUGUCCAAACCCUUGUUCGUACAAUUCUUUGCUGGCGCAGUCAAUAUUUGCGUAGCUGUGGUUUAUUUAAUUUUUUACGCUAACAGCAUUAUAACCUACGUUUACUAUACUAUGCAUUUGUUUUCAAUAUGUGUGGAACUCUUCCCGGUUUGUUACUAUGGCAGUCUUAUGGAACAGGAAUUUCGGGAUCUGCCCUAUGCCAUAUUUUCAUGCAAAUGGUUUACUCAGCCACAAAAGUUUCGACGAAGUGUCAUCAUUUUUACCCAACUAUCUCUCAGGAACGUUACCGCUCUGGCUGGUGGCAUGGUUAGAAUUCAUCUAGAUUCGUUUUUUGUUACAUGUAAAAUGGCAUACUCUUUCUUCACGGCUAUUAUGAGCAUGAAGUAA